AUGGACGCCGCGAACCUGGCCAAGGUCAAGGGCCAGAUGCACAGCUUCGCGAUGGGCGAGGCCAUGGCUCAGGCCGCACAAGACUACCAGCAACACAUUCUGGCGAGUCAGCAAGCUGCCGCCGGCAAGGGCUUGCCGGCCUUCUACGCGGAUGACAUGCUGAACGAUCCGGAGGUGGAGCGCCUGCAGGCCGAGCGCUUGGAGGAGCUGAAGAUGCAGGCCGAGAGACGUGCAGCAAAGACUGCCCAGACCUCUUAUGGGUCCCUCGUGGAGAUUGCAGAGCCAGAGUUCCUGGCCGCCGUGAUGAAGGCGGAGCAUGCCCUCUGCCACUUCUUCCAUGCUGGGUUUCAGCGAUGCGCCAGCAUGGAUCGCCACCUGGCGAUCCUUGCACCUCGCUUUCCAGGGACCUCCUUUCUCAGACUGUCGGCACCGGAUGCCCCCUUCUUCACAGAGAAGUUGAAGAUUCGGACGCUCCCCUGCGUCAUUGUCUUCCACCGCGGCGUCGCUGUGGAUAGGAUCGUUGGAUUCGAGGGUAUCCGCGGGGCAGGCGCGGACUUCAAAACUGCAGCGGUGUGUUAA